UAUGUCUAGAUGGACGUUGGGUACAGGACCGAUGAGGCGAUAGCGAGGCUGCUAUUUAAUUCGGCUCAUUCCACCGUAGAAAUUUUGUCUCUACUAUUUGAAGAAGGCGUCUCAGAUAGAGCUUCACGUAUCGGGGCUUGUCUUCGGGGACUGAGCUGGCCUGUGCUCCGUAGCCUCACGCUCAGAUUACCUUCCGACGAGCCGAUUGGCAACACUCUAUACGUCGAAAUAUCGAAUGGAAUAUUGAAGGAAUUCCACCCACCAAGGCUGGUGCAAGUCACGGUGGGCCGUGGGACGUCUAUUGCGGUCAAUGGCUAGGCCGAAAGGCGACCACCGUCUGUGCACGGAGCUGGACAGAACACUGCUCCGCUCGCCUCAUUCAACGCAGGUAUUCUGCAGCUCCCAUCGUUGUCGUAACUCACGGAAGAAUCUAUGGACACAAGAGCUCGGAAAACACUUCCCGAAAAUGGCAGAGCGCGGGUCCCUCGUUGUUGCUUCCCGACAAAACACCACUCUUGGCCACGACGACCGAGUUUACUCUAUCGUCUAUUCCCCGGAUAGCAAGUGGGUCGCAACCGCGUCUAGCGACUCUACUGUUAUCCUCUGGGACUCGCUCGGAAACCUUGCCCAGGAAUGGGUAGCCCACGAUGGAGCUGUACGGUCACUCGCAUUCUCCCCUGACAGUCGCUGGCUUGCAUCCGCAGGCGAGGAUAGGAAGCUCGCAGUCUGGGAUGCCGCCCAAGGUGCAUGCAGGAUUGCAGUUCUCGAAGGGCACACUGGGGUGGUUACUAGCUGUGCCUGGUCGCCGGACGGCACUCUGAUUGCGUCUGGAUCCCACGAUGGGACAGUGCGGCUCUGGAAUGCGCGGACGUUCGAUCAGCUCUAUUCACCGAAGCCAUCGACCCCCGCGAAAGCCGUCCUUGAUGUCCGUUUCUCCCUCGACGGACGAUGGCUUGUCUCAACAUGCUCGGUUCAAUGCUUCAUACGGGAUACGAAGACGGGCAAGGAGUACGAGGUCCAUUGGGAAAGGGAAGCCGGGAAGUGUUUGACGAUUGCACUCAAUCCGCAGAGCACACGCCUCGCCACUGGCCAUCAGUCUGGCCUUGUCAAGAUCUGGGACGUGCGUACGGGCGAAUUACUCUUCCGCUCGUAGCAGUAUACGCGACCUGUAGUCGAUGUGGCAUUCUCGUCCGACGGGAUGCUCGCAUUGUCUGUAUCUGGGGACGGGACAGCGAAAAUCUGGAACACAUCUAGCGGCGUCAUGCACACUCUGUCGCUCCAUAGACACACUCUCGCAGCAAACAUCGCC